AUGAGCAGGGUUGUGUGGGGAUCUCUUGUGUUGGUAGGGUUCAUUUUGUUCAUGACUGAGCCUGCCGCAGCUCUUGACAGGAGCAAAGAGGAUCAUGCGCUGACCUGCAGAAUUGCACAGCAGCCGUCUCAUCCACCUGCUCGUCCAGCCGCCACCUGCUCCGCCAAAGUCGAUCGUGGCCGACGUGUGGACGUGUUUGGUCUCAUGAACGUUAAGCUGGGGAAGCUGCCAAAGAACCUGUGUUCCCUGAUUCAGGGUCUGGACCUGGAAGCCGCCGUGUGCCUCUGCGCCGCCUUUAAAGCCAACGUCUUAGGUAUCGACCUUAACGUUGCCACUAAAGUGGACUUGUUUCUCAAGUACUGCGGAAAAGGAACUAGCUUGGAAGAAGAUAUAGAAGUUUAUCUCAGAGAGAGAGGGAAUGAUGGGCAGGUCUGUGUGGGGAUCUCUUGUGUUGAGUUUUGUUUUGUUCAUGACUGUGCCUGGAGCUCUUGCCAUGAUUCCAAUGGUGUGCAGGACAUGUGUGUUGCUGGCGCCUUCCAGAAUUUCACUACUCAGCUUCUGAAUUAUAAAGAAGGCAGUGGUGAUCGUCGACAUAACAUGACUGAGGCCUUGUUAUUCUUGUCUCACUUCAUGGGCGAUAUUCAUCAGCCAAUGCGUGUUGGAUUCACUAGUGACGAAGGAGGAAACACUGUAGAUCUCCGCUGGUUCAGGCACAAAUCCAAUCUCCACCAUGUGUGGGACAAAGAGAUCAUUGCCACUGCUUUAAAAGAUUAUUAUCAAAAAGAUUUGAACCUCCUCUUGGAAGACAUAGAGGGGAGCUACACAGAUGGUAUCUGGUCAGAUGAUGUUCAAUCUUGGAGUCACUGCGAAGAUCUCUCUAGCUGUGUAAAUAGCUGGGCAAAAGAGAGUAUACAAAUAGCUUGCAAAUGGGGUUACAAAGGGGUUGAAUCUGGUUUGACUCCAGCAGAUGAUUACUUCAACUCGAGAAUGCCUUUGGUGAUGAAGUGA